AUGCAAUGGGAUAGGAGUUGGUCUUGGAGCAGGGCAGGGCAGGGCAAGGCAGGGGGUGGGGGACGGGAUUACGAAGAGGUGGGGGUGGGGCAUGGGCAUGGCGACUGCUUACAGGACAGGGCGACCCACGAGGCUCCCGAGUGCACUCAGCAAGGAGUUGGGAUUUCUGAUGCUUACUACUACUGCAAGAAAAGAAUCCCGAAAAUUGUCAAUCUAGCAAGCGCGAGAACCGAUCUGUUCUACCAACGCAGCAAGAAAAAUGGAUUUAAGAAAAGUCUCACGAUGAUAUCCGCUCAAUUGCUACCGUCCGGAAGUGUAACUCUUUCCGGAGGCGUGUAUUGCUACAACUCUUCUUUGGCGACAGCGGGAACAUAUUCUCCAAUUACGGGAGCAACUGUUAAUUUGGAUUGUCAAAAUCCAAUCCCAAACGCAGGUUCGAGCGCUUCUUUGUUCCUUAAUGAAGGCCAAUUUGUCUACGCCUUAAGCGUGGCGGUGGUAGAGCAGGAUAAUUUUGAAGAUAAUUGUCAUGUUGAGGCUACUAUGCCUCCAAACUCAUGCAACUACAAUCCUCCUUUAAGGGCUCAAAGGUAUCCUAUUAAGCCUGUUAAAUCAAAUGGUCGUGUGGUCAGCUAUACUCUUGGGGCUCCGAUUGCGAUAAAAGCCUAA